AUGGCGGAGACCGAGCGGUCGCUCUGCGAGUACCGGGAGAAGCACGGCGGCGAGAGGGACGGCGAGGGCUUGAAAGCGGCGCCGCCGUUGCGGGGUAUGAAAAUAGACCUCAUCGACGUUGCACCUUAUAAUCUGGUGCGCUUUAUGGUGAUCGCAAGGAAGCAGCAGAGGUUAAGCGUGCCGCACCGGACGGGCCUCACUGCGUCACCCAACCCUCUCCCGGCAACUGGGCCAGGACAAAUUCCCCAGCACAUCCAAAGCCACCAGCUCCAGCUCAGCUUGCACCCCGGCAACCUCCUCGGCUCGAACCCCGACACCGGUCCCUGCCCCGGCCACCAACCCGGCCACCUCAGCCCAAGGGGCCCCUUCCGUGACCACGGCGUUUACCGCACCGGCGGCACCGGUAGCUUCGGCUACCGCCCCGGCCAGCAGCUCCUUCCCACCUUCCCCAACUGUCGCAUCAGAGAGGUUCACUGCGGCAGCCAGGUGCGACUGGUGGUCAUCGCCAUCCGGGACAUCACCAAGGGGGAGGAGAUCACUGUGGACUAUAGCCUGACCGAGUGGGGCGAGAACCUGGGUUUCCGUGGCUCCAUGUCUGCAGCACAACAGGAAUGUAACUCCGAGAGUAACAACUUAAGAAAGGAGGAGGAGCCAGUGUCGCUGACCCCCCAGCGGCAUCAGCGGCAGAAGCAACGAGCACAUCAAGACUUUGUCACCCCAUCCUGGUCCCUCUCGCCCUCCUCCUCUCCCAUCUCCCAUUCCGACGCCAGCGAGUCGGACGCCGCAGACGAGGACAACGCCAGCCCCCGCGGGCGCACGCCACGCCGCCGUAGGAGGCGGCGCGGCACCCCUUCGAAGAAAAAGACCCCCAACCGGACACCGCCCGCCUCCUCCAGCCAUCCUCUCCCUUCACCCCAGCCUCCAUCUUCUCCCCCGAGCUCCGCCUCCACCAAACCUGUGUUCAAAGCUCCCGCUCUACUCGACUCAGGCAGCGUGAGCACAAACGGCCAAAAAGGAGGCGUGUCCAUAGACGCCAUGCGCCAAAGCUGCGACUACUGCGGACGCCACUUCCGCUCCUUGGGCCGCCAUUUGGACAAGCACCACUCGCACCAGCCGGACGUGUGCUCCGCCCUUGUCGAGCGUUACACGCAGAUGCACAACGCAAGUCCCGCCCCCGCCCCCGCACACACGCAACACCACCCGAGGGCGUCAGAGGCGGACCCCGCGGAGCGGAGUGGCGUUCAGGACCUCUCCUUGUCCCCGCCUCCCGCCGCCACAGCCAAACAAUCAGGCUGCGCCUCCCCUUCGCUCACGCCACCGCCAGGGCAGAGCGCCGUGCCCGUGUCGGUCCUGAAGAGGAGCCCGCCCCCCGUGGCCGCGACCCCGCCCAAGAAGGGAGGAGCGAAAAGGCUGAAGAGGGAACGCAAAGAGGAGGAGGAGGAGUGUGCUCAGUCUUUCAGAAGUAAAGGGAAAGAGGAGGAGGAGGAGGAGGAGGUGGAUGAUGAGAGUGGCACGGAGGAGAAGGACAAAGACUCUCUCAGUUCCGGCCGUCACCAGAUGCUGCCUCUCCUGUCGUCGUUAUCUUCCCUGGUUCUGUACCUCCGACGGCUGCAGCACUCGGCCUUCCUGUCGCUGUCUCGCCAGCUGCAGUCCGCCGAGGCCUGGCGCCUCCUCUGCCACUCCAGCCUGGCGCUGCUCAUCCUCUACAACCGACGGCGCGAGUGCGAAGUCUCCAAGCUGUCCAUCACCGAGUACAGGGCCCGCGUCACCCCGCAGUGCCCCGUGCCCGUCCCGCCCGGCUCCCCUCCGGCGCUUACCCCGCUGGAGGCCUCUUUGUCUCCCUUCGAGCGGCUGGUGCUCCCCCACCUCCCGCGAGUGGGCGUGCAGGGCAAGCGCGGACGCAUCCAGCCCCUCAUCCUCCCGCCGCACUGCGAGCCCUGCCUGGAGCUCCUGCUGCAGACGCGGCAGGACGUGGGCGUGGACCCGGCCAACCAGUACGUCUUCGCCAGGCCGUACCACUCCCCCGCCACGCCCCUGCGAGGCACCGACCUCCUGCGCAGCUUGGCGCGCUCCAGCGGCACCCGCAAUCCCAGAGCCCUCACCCAGACGAGGGUUCGACGCCAAGUCGCCAUCUUGACCCAACUGCUGCUCCUGGGAGAGGGAGAGGAGCCGGGCCAGCCGGAGGGCAGCGCGGUGGAGAGGCUGGAGCACUUCCUGGAAAGGGAGUACCACGUGACGCAGAACUGUGCCGACAUCGGCCAGGAUCCAGGCCUGAUGGGCAGCGUGGGCAGAGUGGUGCUGUGCGGCGAGAGAGACGGAGUCUUGUUCAGAGGGAUGAGCCUGAACCACAUCUGCUUGGAACUGGAUGUCAUGUCAGGAAACUCUGCCGACUCUUAUUCCGAGGGAGAGUCUGAAGGGGAGCAGAAGGAGAAGCCAGAGCCGCCCGCCCUCUCCCCCUCCCCCAAACCUGCGCCCACCCUGCUGUACGUCAGGAAGGGCAAGAACAACGGCCGAGUGGGACGGCCCAAGAAGCUGAAGAACAGCCAGGCGCCUCCCCAGUCUGCCACGCCCACUCCCCCACCACUUCCUGUCAACCGAAGGAGGGGUUCAGGUAAGCGCGGCGUGCUGAAGCGUCCGUGGUCGGAGGCGGAGCGAGCGGCGGUGGAGGAGCACCUGACCCGGAACAUCAACGAGCUGCGCGUGCCCGCCAAGGCGGACUGCGAGCGCUGCCUGCAGCAGUGCCCCCUGCUGGUCAGCAACCAGCGCGACUGGCGGGCCAUCAAGUUCUACUGCCACAACCGCAUCCAGCUGCUGAAGAAGAACCAGCGGCGCGAGAGCGAGCUGCAGCCCCUCGCCGUGUGCUGAGGGCGGAGCCUCGUGCUCUGAUGAACGGUACUAAAUGUCACUUUGUCGUGAUGGCUUCUUAGUAGAUGUCUAAAGUCUAAGAUGGUGUUCAAGUCCCAAGACUUUCAACAACAGACCACCAAAAUAAAUACAGCUUUGUAUUUUUUGGUGGUCUGAGUUUAUAGCAUUCAGCGUGCGCCAUGUUGUAUAUGGACCAUGUUUUAAACCACACAGUGUUGUACCAACAUUAAGAAGUAGCUUUAGUACUAGACACGUUGCAAAGACUACUCUCACUUUCCUUCCCUAGACCAGUUCUUCUAUUCAGCCACUGGACCUCCAUUUUAGGGGAACUGCACUUUAUUUUGGAGUCAUUCACAAUCCUCAAGUAAGACAUGUUGCUUCUUUUUUUUUUUUUUUCAUGCAUUCUAACUCGUAAAUAAACUCUAGCAAAAGGCAGCUAACAAUAGAGCUAAUGGUGGUCGUUCUGUUGCACCUAUAGAGCGCUCUAAGAAACAUCAAUUAUAUAUGUAGUAAUUAUAUAUGUCAUGUAGUAACAUUCAUAAUAACAUGUAAUAUAGUAUACAUGUAGUAUCUAGUAACAUUCAUAAUAACAUGUAAUAUAUACAUGAUGUAAGUAUAUAUGUCAUGUAGUAACAUUCACAAUAACAUGUAAUAUAGUAUACAUGUAGUAUCUAGUAACAUUCAUAAUAACAUGUAAUAUAUACAUGAUGUAAGUAUAUAUGUCAUGUAGUAACAUUCAUAAUAACAUGUAAUAUAUACAUGAUGUAAGUAUAUAUGUCAUGUAGUAACAUUCACAAUAACAUGUAAUAUAGUAUAUGUGUAGU